AUGCCCUCUCCCGACGAAUACCGCAUCCUCGUGUCCGCCGGCACUGACUACGACCCGGCCACCCACGUGCCCGUGCGCGUCAACUCUGCAACGCCGCUGCACCUGCAAGGCCCUGGCGGUGAUGUCUGGCUGAAUGUGCGCGUCAAGAACUACCGCGGGCCCGAGCGGCACCCCGAGGUGGGCGAGGUGCCCGACCCGGUGACGUCGCCGUACUUUGAACGGGAGCCGCACAAGACGAACGAUGACACGUACGGGAUCGGCGUGUGGUUUGUUCCUCGCGCGCCGGCCGGCAAAGACGGCGAGGACGGCGAGGACGGCGAGGACAGCGGCGACAGCAGCGUCGCAGGCAUCAGUGGCACCGACCUCCAAUGGGGCAACGACUUCGACGAGCCGCUCCGGGACCGCCUGCCGCCCGGGUUCGGCGCGGCCUUGCGCAUCGUCAAGUGGUGGAUCGAUCCCGGACUGGAGGGCGAUCCGUAUGCGGACAAGCCGUACCUGUACGGGCCAGCCCUGAGUUCGUUUAACCAGGUGUAUGCUGCUCUGGGUGACGUGCCUUUUGACGAAGACGACACGCACGAGACAGAUGAGCAAAACGAGGAAGUCGAGGACGAUGAGGAGGAAAAGAAUAAGAGCGCCCGCAGUAACGAAAAGAAAAUCGAGCAAAGCGAGGAUAAAAACAAGAGCGAGCGAAGCGAGGACCAAAAAGAAAACGGGCGAAGCAAAGACACAACGGACCACACACAGCCGCCGGUCGACGCCGACUGCGGUCUAUGGUUCGGCGAGGGCGGCGACGCCGGCGGACGGGCCUGGCGCGCGUCGAUUGGCGCGCCGGGCGACGGCACGGGCGACGGCAAGGUCCGCAUGAAGUGGGCGCUGGGCGCCGACGCCAAGGCCACGUGGAGGUGGCAGUACGGCCAGGGCUACGGCCUCGACUUCUACAACGGCUACCUGGACUUUGCGGACCUCACGCUGCGGCUGCCCGGGUUCCACCUGCCGCUGCUGCGGUACUAUGCGAGCGACAAGGCAGAGAAGACGUGCCUGCGGUAUGUGCUGCGGCACCGAGGCACGGGGCAGGUGUACUUGGUGGUGGUGUUCCGGCUGGUGCGGUCCACCAACAAGGACGGCGGCGAGGACGACGAGGAGACGGACACGGGUGACGUCGAGGAGGAGCCCGCCGACGUCGACGAAGACAUGAUUAUCGACGAGGCACGGCGGAAGCUGUCGGCGCAGGACAUCAGCGCGGACGAUGUGGACUGA